GGGCGAAGGGAUCGCCGGGGAGGGGGACCGGAGAGCCGCGCCCGCCGCGCGGCGCGCCCCUUCCCGCCCCCUGCACCAUGAGCUGGGGCACCGAGCUCUGGGAUCAAUUUGACAACUUAGAAAAACACACACAGUGGGGAAUUGAUAUUCUUGAGAAGUACAUCAAAUUUGUAAAGGAAAGAACAGAGAUUGAACUCAGCUAUGCAAAGCAACUCAGGAACCUCUCGAAGAAAUACCAACCCAAAAAGAACUCGAAGGAGGAAGAAGAAUACAGGUAUACGGCGUGUAAAGCCUUCCUUUCCACCCUGAACGAAAUGAACGACUACGCGGGGCAGCAUGAAGUCGUCUCCGAGAACCUGACCUCACAGAUCCUCGCGGGGUUAGCACGCUACGUCCAGGAACUGAAGCAGGAAAGGAAAUCGAACUUCCAUGACGGACGGAAGGCCCAGCAGCACAUAGAGACUUGCUGGAAGCAGCUCGAGUCGAGUAAGCGGCGGUUCGAGCGGGACUGCAAGGAGGCCGACCGGGCCCAGCAGUACUUUGAGAAAAUGGAUGCGGACAUCAACGUCACGAAAGCGGACGUCGAAAAGGCACGACAACAAGCUCAAAUACGUCACCAAAUGGCAGAGGACAGCAAAGCUGAUUACUCAUCGAUUCUUCAGAAAUUCAACCAUGAGCAGCGCGACUAUUACCACACUCACAUUCCCAACAUAUUCCAGAAAAUACAAGAGAUGGAGGAGCGGAGGAUAGUGAGACUCGGAGAAUCCAUGAAGACCUACGCGGAGGUCGACCGGCAGGUGAUUCCAAUCAUCGGGAAGUGCUUGGAUGGAAUAGUGAAGGCGGCCGAGGGCAUUGAUGAGAAAACUGACUCACAGCUGGUCAUAGAGGCUUACAAGUCAGGGUUCGAGCCUCCCGGAGACAUCGAAUUUGAGGACUACACGCAGCCGAUGAAGCGCACCGUGUCGGAAAACAGCCUUUCCAAUUCCAGAGACGGCAAAGCAGAGCCCAAAUUUGGGGGCAAACCCAAAGGAAAGUUAUGGCCGUUCAUCAAGAAAAACAAGCUUAUGUCCCUUUUAACAUCCCCCCAUCAGCCUCCCCCUCCUCCCCCUGCCUCUGCCUCACCCUCUGCUGUUCCCAACGGCCCCCAGUCUCCCAAGCAGCAAAAGGAACCCCUCUCCCAUCGCUUCAACGAGUUCAUGACCUCCAAACCCAAAAUCCACUGCUUCAGGAGCCUAAAGCGAGGGCUUUCUCUCAAGCUGGGCGCGGCGCCCGAGGACUUCAGCAACCUCCCGCCCGAACAGAGAAGGAAAAAGCUCCAACAGAAGGUGGACGAGUUAAAUAAGGAAAUUCAGAAGGAGAUGGAUCAAAGAGAGGCCAUCACCAAGAUGAAAGACGUGUACCUGAAGAACCCGCAGAUGGGAGACCCAGCCAGUCUGGACCACAAGCUAACGGAAGUCAUCCAAAACAUAGACAAGCUGCGGCUCGAGGCCCAGAAGUUUGAGGCCUGGCUGGCGGAGGUGGAAGGCAGGCUCCCGGCCCGCGGCGAGCAGCGCAGGCAGAGCGGACUGUACGACGCCCAGCCCGCCCCGGCCGUCAACAACUGCGCGCAGGCCCGGGAGAGCAGCCCGGAUGGCAGUUACACGGAGGAGCAGAGCCAGGAGAGCGAGGUGAAGGUGCUGGCCACGGACUUCGACGACGAGUUUGACGACGAGGAGCCGCUGCCCGCCAUCGGGACGUGCAAAGCGCUCUACACCUUCGACGGUCAGAAUGAAGGAACCAUCUCAGUAGCUGAAGGAGAAACGCUGUACGUCAUAGAGGAAGACAAGGGGGACGGGUGGACCCGCAUUCGGAGAAACGAAGACGAAGAGGGCUAUGUCCCCACGUCAUACGUCGAAGUCUAUUUGGACAAAAAUGCCAAAGAUUCCUAAGGAGCCCCGGGAGAAACCCUUCGGUCUGCGGGUCUCCACAGGCCGGGCCGUGAACGUGCGCUCGGCCGGGCCGCAGAGCGGCCGCGUCUUCGGGCCAAAGGGACACCGUGCCUGCAGCUGCUUGCCCUGCUUUCUUUUCUUUCCACAGCAUGCCCCGUGGCCGCUCCGCUCCGCCCGGCCCGUCCGGCCACCUCUUGGGUCCGGGCUGUCCCCUCCCAGUCCCCACCCCCAGCAGGACCACGGAAAGCAGCUGGGCACGGCCCCCUCCUCCCCCCACUCCGGCCCUGGCCUCAGUCCCCCUGGCUGCUCCGGCCCGUCCACGGUUCACACUGUGCCUUUUGUGAAAACCUUGCCACCGGUCCCCCAGGGAGACCGGCCGAAUCUGGACAAGAGGGUCGGACCCGCCAGGUGGACUGCGCGCCCGGUGUCCGUGACGUGGUCCCGCGUUCACGUUAGAAAAGACUCACCCAAGGCCACUGAGCACUCGGUGGGCCUUCUCUGACGACAGGACCUCGCCUCGUGCUGAGCGUUGGCCCUUGCAACACCUCACAGCCUGAGAGCGACAGUGGCGGGCACUGGGGCGUAUACACACAUACAUACAUGUACAUGCAUGUGUGUGCUCAUGCAUGCACACAUUUUUGGUUGGGGCCCUGCCUUCAGUGGGUCCACACUGGAAGUCGAAUUCCAGUCCUCGGCCCCACCCUGCUGUCCUGUGUCCACUUGGGGGGGGUCUCCCCGAGAACUGCAGCUGUGGCACUUGGUGACCGAGGAGCGCCCCCCACACCUCUGCAUGAACUCGCUGCAAAGUGAAAGCUCCCCUUUUCUUGGAUUCCGAGAUCUUCGUCUCGGGGAUCUUAGUGCUUCCGUCACCAAAGGCCCUGCGGCUCAGCCUCCGCGUCCGUCAUGUGCUCUGGGCCACGCGGAGGCGGACGCCCGAGGGGCCGCUGGCCGGGAGCUCUGUGGAGCCAGGGAUGGCGUCGGCCUCUCCGGUUUGGCGUUGGUAGCGCGGCGUCACCUCGCGCAUCCUCAGUUCUCAGCGUUGAUGAGUCCAAGACAAGGAAGUCUCCUAGGAGCCGGAGGGCAGGGGUGGGGGGCAGGUCCUGAGGGGCGGGCCCGUGGGCCCGUGGCCAGUAGGAAGAUGGCUCCUCUCGGCAAACCCGGGGUGACCGCACACCACCCUCGCGGGGCAGCUCAUCAACCCUGGUGACUAGAACCCUGGGGGAGCGAGUGCCUGGGGGAGCAGGGGAAGAGGAGGCGGCGUCAGGGGUAGGGUGAGCGAGUGACCAGCCUGGGCCUCUCGCUCUUUCUUCCCAGAAGUGGGGCUAGGCCCGGGCUCAGACCACCUGCCCGGACCCGGCAGAGGGGGCGGGCUCAGCAGGUGACUGACGCUGAAGCCAGGAUGCCAGAGGUGAGAGGAGUUAGAACCCCCCGCCUCCCUGCAAACCUACAGGUGCCUGGUUAACCGGGGCGGGCGGUCCAGGGCUGCUCCGGGACGGGCGACCUGGUCUCCAGGAUCCGCAGUGUCACCCAGUCCGCCGGCCACUCUCCGUGCUCACGGAUGUGACGGCUCAAACUCUGCUCCCAGCGCCUCUAGUGCAUGUGCACCGCGUCUUCUGAUGGGUCAGGACGGUCACUGCGCGCAGCCCGGGGGAGCAGGAGCUGCAGCAACCUGUCCUGUUCACGUCUGUGCCGCUCCGUAUAGAACAUGCUUGUGUCCUCGUGUCCCUGCCCCUCUCCCUUCCGCACCCCUGCGCUCGACAGCGGGGACCCCGGAGCCUGCCCCUCGGCGCACCGCUGUGCCCCCAGGCUAUUCAGGAAGGAAGUGAUUAGCCACCAGCCCAGCGCUGUCCGUUACUCGGCCUCCCCCUGUGGGAUCGUCUGUUACGAAGGAGCCCCCACCUCGCGUAGGAGCUGGCCCUCCCCACAUGCUGCCCGCCUCCCUCGGACCGCCGCCUGUCACUCCACCAACGUUAGAAUGUCGUGUUGUAAGCAGGACGCAUCUUUAAAGAGCCUGCCCCGAACAGGGCUUGCAACAGGGGGACGUGUCCUUGCCCCCCUUUUCCCUCGCAGGACGGAACCACGGAGAGGCCGGCCCAUGUGAGGGUUUCGUCUGGGCCUGGGAGCUCUUAGGCUGGUCUCGCCGGCGGAGCAGCAGCUGUCAUCACAGGAAGUUUCCCGAACAGAGAACGGGACGUGGUCGAUGCUAAGUGCUUUUCCAGAAACGUGGGGUGUGGCUUCAUGGCUCCGCCUCCUGUGCUUCUGUCGUCAAAACCGUCUUUGUACCAAGUUACCCAACGGGGCGCACCUGGCCACGGCGGGUUUGUGCGGCCCUGACCCUGACCCUGACCGUGGAGGCACCGCGGCGUGGGCUCGGCCAUUGCCAGGUUCUGGAGAUGGGACUGAACCGAAUGAAGGCCCACGGGAAGGCUCCCACGGACCUGCACCUCCAUGUUAAUCCUCGGUGUCAAAUAAACGUCUCCCUGGC